UAGAAUGAAAAAGCGAGAAAAGGACGAUGAAGAACGACUCUUGUACCGGAAACACUAUACAUCGGGGACUGGAUCAUCUGCUGUUUUAAUAGAAGACCACGACUCAUCAGACUCCGAGGACACCACUGUCUCAAUAUUGGAUCCAUCAUUCACGCCAUGGCCACAUGUAUUCAAUCUAGCCAACUGUAUAAUCGGUGUAUCAGUACUCGCAAUGCCAUACGUCUUUCAACAGUGUGGAAUACUUCUUGCCGCAAUUAUGAUUGCUCUUUGUGCAGUGCUCACAAAGCUCACGUGCCAUUUUUUGGCUCACGCAGCGUUUAAUACACGAACGACUUCGUACGAGAGUCUGGCGAUGGCGACGUUAGGACCGAGCGGGAGAAGAUUUGUAGAAUUGUGUCUUUUAGUGUAUUUGGUAUCAUCAAUUGUUGCGUUUAUUGUGGUCAUUGGAGAUAUUGGACCACAUUUGGUUGCCGAGUUCUUGGAGCUUGAAGCUCCAACGCAGAGGCUCAGGAUUCUUGUUAUGAUCGUCGUGGUUGUGUUCAUAAUCCUUCCACUCUCCUUCAUCGACGAUCUCAAAAAGUUCUCAGUGAUCAGUUCGGUGGCGUGUCUCUUCUAUUUCCUGUUCGCCGGUCGAAUGAUGCUCGAAUCCCUACCAACUAUUUAUGAUGGUGAAUGGAGUAUUCAUGUUGUAUGGUGGAGACCUCAAGGAUUUCUAACAUGCCUCCCGAUUGUCUGUAUGGCAAUGUGUUGUCAGACACAACUAUUUCCGGUCCUCUCGUGCAUCAAGGAUGCAACAACUGAUCGCGUUGACUAUGUCGUGUCGAAUUCCAUUAACAUCUGCGCGGCAAUGUAUGCAGCCGUCGGAGUUUUUGGAUACGUUGCAUUCUAUUCUCAUGAGCUUCAUGGUGAUGUGCUCGUUCAGUUUCCGCCAACAAUUGUCACACAAUCGUUGAAAUUGGCAUUCCUACUAUCGAUAGCGGUGUCGAUACCGCUUAUGAUGUUCCCGGCGAGAACCGCGUUGUUUUGCUUGAUUUUGAGAGAUAAAGAAAGUAUAACGCAUACAGUCGAUUUGGAGAAGUUCACAUUUCACAUUCUGACAGCCGUAAUUCUAUUGUUCAACACAAUUCUCGCAAUUCUCACACCAAACGUCGAAUUCAUUUUGGGCCUAACUGGAGCAUUUAUCGGAAGUCUUGUUGCCACAAUUCUCCCAUCCACAAUAUACAUUGCGAAUCAAUCGGCGUCCGACAAGAUAAAUCGUGCGACGAGAAAAGUUAACGAAGCAGCAGCAGCGACGAGUUCGACGGCGAAAAUGUGCUUGAUUAUCGGGCUAUUCAUUCUCAUUGCAAGUACUUGUGCAAUUCUUAUGGGCGAGAAAAAGACGUCUGUUGUCGAGAAGCCAAAGGCAAAAGAUGAUUCUGGAGAGAUUCGGCAUGAGGAGUUGAAGUCUUUGGAGAGUUUGGAGGAGAAGGUUUUGGAUGCGAAUUUGAAUAUUUCAGCGAAGCUCGACGACAUAUCAGAAUUGGCAGCGAAAGGAAAUGAUACGGAAGCCGUGAAAAUGCUUGUCGAAAUGAAAGAACAACAGAAGAUUCAACAGGAGUUGAUAGUACGACAAGAGCAAAUUGUUGCUCAGUUGAAUAAGAAAUCGGAGAUUUUAGCAAACGCCACUGCCGAAGGAGAAGCAGCAUCAGAAGCGGCAAAAAUCCCAGAAAAACUUGCUCCCCCUGAAAAUGUGGAAACCAUGGAAAAAGAGGGAAAAGCAGCAGCUGAGAGCGAAAAGAAGGCUGUGAAUACAGAAACGUGAAAAAAAAUUUUAAAUUAUUAAUUGGUUUUUAUUGUUGGGUCGGGUUGUGAUUUUUUUUUUGUUGUAUUUUCCACCAUUUCCUCCGUUUUGUUGCCAGAAAUGCUUUAAGCAUUCAAUUUUCUGUAGAAAAUGUGCGUUAGAAGCUUUUAAUAUAUAUAUACACAUUUAUAUGAAUAAUUUAUUUAUAA